UGAAAGAUCUCUAAACUCAACACGCUCAGCGCGAUUCGGGUUGAACAUAGGUAUACAUAUAGAUAUACAUAUGUUGCAAGGUUGCAACCACAGCCUGUCGUAUAGUUUCUCUACCACAUGUUGAUUAAUUAAAAACAAGGAGAGAUCGAGAAACGCGCAUUUUUCGCGGACCCCACCGCCAGUGCUUGACACUGCUUGACACGCGUCGUUCGCGCGGAUCGUCGAAUCAUCGUCGUUUCUACUCCGAGCGUCCAAGUCAGUCACAGAUUUGGACACGGACGGGCUACUCUGCACGCAAGCAACACUUCUUACGUUCCCUCGAAAGGUAUACCCAUCUUCAUUAUCAUCAUCAUCGUCGUCGUCGUUGUCGUCGUCGUCGUCGUCGUGGUGUUACGUCACGUAAAUCAGCCGUCAACAGUCGUCGAGGCUACGCGACGACCUCGUGGACAAUUCGGUUCUUGAGACUUCGUCGCUUCGACUUGCUCUCGCUGUCACGUAUGUACAAUAUAUAUACACGCGCGUCCGUCGUUUUUCCUCAGCGCGGGAUUAUUGUUCCGUAGCGAUAUCUCCGUAGCGUCUCGCGUCUGUCAAACCGCGAUCCAAAGUCCAAAGCAGGCAUCUUGAGUCCGAUUUGCCCCCGCUGCGUGUUCAAAUUGCACGCCUUUUAAAAGUUUUUCGUGUUCGGACCUUUGUUUGCGUAUAACCUAAAAGCCAUCGUGAAUGUUGAUAGUCGUCGCGACUUCGUUGUCGUCCUUCUUCCUCUUCACGUCCGCUCGACGAACGUUCUCGCGGAUUAUUAUUCGCGCGAGUGAGCGAGUCGCCACGGCAGGUUGACGAUCCCGAGUUCGUCCAUCGGACGAGAAAACGGAUUUUUUCGACGUCGAGCGGUCCUCGGGAAAGUAGUCAAAAUUCCGGUCCCUACUAAGAAACGAGAGGGCCUCCAACAAACCGGCGGCAGAAAUCCACCAACGACUGGUGAGGAACCGUCAGGCAAAAUGAAUAGCAAGAGGAAGAACCGUACAAACAAUAACAGGUACUGCCAGUCACUUGGCUCGCCUCGUCAAGAUCAUAAUAGCAGAUCUCCGCGGGCACGUGUGCCACAGGAGAGAAAUAUUGUAGCAGAAGGAGUUUAUAACAAUGCUCAUUUCAUGCAUGCAAUCACUGGCCAUGUUGGAAAUAUAGUACAGAUUCAAACGCAAAAUGGCUCGGUAUAUGAAGGUAUAUUUAGAACGUUCUCCAGUAAUUUUGACGUAGUAUUAGAAAUGGCCCAUCGGGUAGAUGAGAAGAUUAAUGCGGAUAAUGUAGUAGAGAAAUUAAUUUUUAAAUCACAUGACAUUGUCACUAUAUCUGCAAAGGAUGCCGAUUUAGAAUAUGCUAUAAGAGAUACUUUCCAAACCGAUACAGCCAUUAGUAAGUUUAAUGGUUUAGUCGGUGAGAAAGAACUUGAGCCUUGGGAGGCACCAACUGUUGCUAUGAAUGGAACUGACUUAGAGUUAGAAGCUGGCUCUAAUGGUUGGGAUGUUAAUGAAAUGUUUCGUAAAAACGAACAGGAUUAUGGAGUUCAAACAACAUUUGAACCUUCUUUAGUUGGUUAUACUUUACAGCUUCAACGUAAAGAUACAAAGGAUUAUAAAGAGCAAGAGCAGAAGGCUGCUGAAAUAGCAAAUGAGAUUGAAUCUCAACCAAAUCAUAAGGCUAGAUUAGAAUUGGAAAAUGGUGAUGAAGAAGAAAGAUUUGCAGCUGUGACGAGGCCCACCGAAGGAAAAUAUAUUCCACCGCCGUUGAAGAAGAAGAAUGGUAACACUAAUAAACUAAUGAGAUCCAGUGAACCUCCGUCUUCGCCCGGAACCACAAACAAUAAGAAUGUCUACAGCCAACCAUCUCCGUCCACAGUCAAUGUAAAUGUCCCGCAAGCAAAUAUAUCGGUUGGAGUACAGCCUGCUCAUGCUCCGGUGCAACAUCCAGUACCUUUAAAUAUGGGUAUGCCGCCCAAUGGAGUGGUUGUUACGUAUAAUAAUCCACCUCCGCCAUUUGUGCCUCCACCUACGACACAAUCGCAGCAAGUUAUCCAACAGAAUCAACCACAAUCUCAAGUUGCUCCCGCAAUGGCGCAAGUAAGCUUUCCUCCGCAACAACAACAACAAACACCUUCGAAUAAAUUAAAUACGGAAAAACGGGAGCGACCCGGCAGGCAACAGGUUUAUCAAGCUGAUAAAGCGCCACCGGCGCCAUUUCCUCAAUCAAAUGCUGCAUCUUCUCACCAGCAGCAGCAGACUUCACAUCAGCAACAUGCAUCAUUACCACAACAGAAUUCUGUGGAUGGACAAGUUAUACACAAAUCAGAUCAUCGGAAGUUUUACUCUAAGGUUCCGACACCACGUGGCAGAGAUGAACAGCAUUCGGAGCUCAGACAGUUUGCUGCAGAAUUCAAAUUAGGAGAUUCACCAGAUACUUCACAAAUUUCCCGAAAGCAACAGCAUCAGCAUCAACAAGAUGUUCAUUCUGCUACUCCGAUGAAUCAGCCACAUCAUCAAGCUUCUCAUCAACAUACAAGUCCGCAACAGCAACCACAACAACAGCCGCCGACACAGCAGCAUACCAGUCCUCAUCAACAACAUCAAACUGUACAAGAAGAACCUGUUAUUACAAGUAAGCCACCACCUGGUCCACCACUAGCAGUAAGGUCUACAAGUCCACCUCAGCAGCAGCAGCAGCAGCAGCAGCAACCACCACCACCACCACAACAACAACCACCACCACCACCACAACCGCAAACCAAUACUCCAACAGUACAACAAUCACCACCAGAACCCGCGGUUGAUAAGAUAACUACUGCUUUUAAGAAAUCUACUUUGAAUCCAAACGCUAAAGAAUUUAAUCCAAAUGCCAAACCGUUUACACCACGCUCUCCUAGCACACCAACACCUAGUCGGCCACAUACGCCUCAAACUCCUCAGUAUACAGCAGCAUCUAUGCCUACUGUUGUUAUGCCGACGGCGUAUGUAACACCAACGGCAUUUAGUCAGCCACAGGCUCAGCCAGUGACAAGGUUCCGAAAGGUGCCAAUGAUACAACGUACCCCAGAUCUGUCCCAGUUACAAGUAGCCGCAGCAACGGGACAGCCGUUAUUGGCGCCAGCCAUACAUCCACCAUUCCAGAUGCCUUAUCAUCCAGGACAACCGGCGACGUACCAGCAAAUGGUACGCAUGGUACAGGCACCACCGCCACCGCCACACAUGGCUACUCCAUAUCACCAUCAUCAUGAUUCGCAAGGACCGCAGGCUCCUGGUUUACAAUACAUGGGUCCGCAUACACAUCCACACCCUCAUAUAACUCAACAACCACCUAGCCAAACGCCGUCCCCGGCCAAUCCAAAUCAACCACACACACCGGGUGCUUAUAAUCCACCCGGUACUCCACAGCCUACAUAUGCGCAACCUCCACCUCAAAAUCACGGCCCAAGUUAUCCAAUUAUGUGUCCAAUACUUCCACCUCAUAUACCAAUUCCACCACAGCACAUGCAAUACCUACCACCACAGCCACCUCCGGGUGCGCAGCAAACUAUACCCGUUAUUUUACCGCACAAUCAGUAGCCGGUAACAUGAAGUAAAAAAAGAAAGAGAAGAGUGUUAGUAUUCUGAAAAUAGAAUAAGACUUUCAAAAUUGAGUUACUUUCAUGAUAGUACGAUUGCUUUCUUUGACCGAUUGCUUGGAAAACUGCUCACUUCUUCUAUGGACUCUCUCAAUUUAUCCGAUUAAUCCAUUGUCCGUCAACAGUGUAAAUUAAACACUUAUCAUCAACUUUUUACAUUGACGAGCAGUAUGAAAUUAUCUCGCAUUUCGUUUUAUGGUGAGAAAAAGAAGGGUAAUCAAUACAAAACAAUAUUAUCCUAAACGAUAUUUUAAACAAUUCUAAACGAUCAAAGAGAGUAUUAACUAUCUUGAAAGUAACUUUUCUUCUUUAAAUGUAGGUCAAUCGUCGAAUAAUGACCUAUACCUGUAUUACGGACUCUAAAAAAUUUCAUCACGUUGAUUAUUUUAAUCAAGUUUUAAAAAUUUUCGUAAAAUUAUCACGGACUUACUUUUAUCAGAUUAAUAUGUUGGAUAUAAAAAAUGAGUUUAUCAAAGAUUUCUUUGAUAACGUGCAUUUUUAUUGAGUAGUGCUUUAAAGAGAGAAUUUGAGGGAUCGCUCGUUUAAUACAAUUCUUGAAUUUAAAAGUUUUAAUCUUCUUUCAUACAGAUAUAGCUUGCACUACUGUAAAAUAAUUGAACUGAGAUUUUCAAUCGAAAAAUGAAAAAUAAUCGCGCGAGCGAAUUUAUCUCUAUUUCCCUCUUUCUCUCUUCUUUAUUUUUAUUUUUAAUCGAGAUGAUUAUUGAAAUUGCGUAAAAAUGAGGUAUAUGAAAAUACAUGGCAUAUUUUUCUGCCCAUGUGGCUGGGUGUUAAUUCCAUUCGCAAAGAUAAAGAACUCGCGAAAAAGAGGAUAGAACGGUUAUGAACUCUUUCGAAUCUGAUUUGAACGAAGCGAGUGAUAAUUAUUGAAGCUGGCGAACGGCUUGCAGGGUAAAACAGCGAAAUAUACGAUUCUGCGGUUUGUUGAUGAGUUUUGUUACGAGAUGUUGAUACGCGCACGAUUUUCGAACACGAAAGACUACAUCGAAUAUGCGAAUAGAUACAGCAUCUGCACACCGACAAAUCGCGCUAAUGUUAACGAUGCGAAUAGCAAGCAGGCAUCAGAGAAGUACAUAAUUUACAUAUCGAGCAAGGUUUCAUUCAAUUUGAGUUUAAUAUUAAAAUUUCAACAAUUUGUUUCAAUAGUAGAUACAUACAAUACAUUUGUUAUUAGAUUUUGUGUUUUAAAUAACUUAAUAGAAUUUCUAUAUGUUUAUAUUUUAUCAUGCUCUAAAUAGCCAUAAAUAAAUAGCACGAAAUAA